AUGGUUAGCUCGACGAAGAAAAAACAAGGAGUUGAGGGGAAUGGAAUGAUGAGAGAAGCGCUCGUUCAAGCUGUACAGACACUUUGGGAUGAACAUGUCUCGAAAUCCCCGCCUACAAACACUGUUGAUCAAUUGGAUGAGCACUUGAAGUUACGAUCGGCUUUGGUUUACAUCCAGAAUAUUCACUCGCAACUCUCCAAAACAGAUUCGCUGAUUUGUGGAGAGAAUCAGAGAUCAAAAGGCUCAAUUGAUCGCUUUGUUCAAUGGUGUAAAGAUCAUGGAGUAGAAGUGAAGAAUUUGAGGCUAACAAAGUUUCCACAAGAACUUGGGCUAGGAUUGGUUGCGAAUAAAAAGAUCAAUGAAGGAGAGAUUGUUGUUGAAGUUCCACGAAAAGCAAUGCUAUCAUUGGAUCAAGCAAGGCGAUCACCGUUUUUAAAAAAAGCUUUUGAGAGGGAUUUGUUAUUGCAACAAAUGGACAAUGUAGGACUCGCAAUUUCUGUGUGUUGUCAAAGGUUGGCGGGUGAUAGCAUGUGGAAACCGUAUCUCGAUGUUUUACCAUCAACUUUUUCCUGUCCCGUUUACUACACGGUUGAGCAACUAAAAGAGCUGAAACCAUCACCUUUAUUCGAAGAGGCUCUUCUCCUUUUCCGAAAUGUUGUCCGUCAAUUCGCAUAUUUUCUCUUACAAAUUGCGAAAAAUGAUGAAUUCGAUAAAAACAAGAAGAACUCUGUAGCUCCUCCGAUUUUCUACAAUACACCACUUUCGGUGGAUACUUUCACGUUUUCCCUUUAUCGAUGGGCGAUGUGUUGUGUUUCGACUCGAAUCAAUAUGAUUCCAUCCGAUCAACUGAAACUUUCAAAUGGGCAACCGAAAAUGAUACCAGCUUUAAUCCCGAUGCUUGAUAUGGCCAAUCAUCGUUCGAUCACAAAUUUCAAUCAGGAGUCCGUUGUUUUUUGCGGAGAAACCGACUUUGCGCAGAUUGUAACCCCUGCAAAUCUUGAACCAACUGAACAACUUUUCAUUUUCUAUGGUCGACGCACAAAUUCCGAUUUCCUUCUUUACAAUGGUUUCAUUCCUGAUGAGAAUCAAAAGAAUUAUGAUGCGUAUAGGCUAAAAUUAGGAAUCAAUAAAAACGAGAAACACUACAAUGCUCGGGUGGAUCGCUUUGUGCAAUUGGGAUUUUCGGGUGCUGCACAGUCGAAUAUUUUCGUCUUUGAUUUACGAACUGGAAGUCAAAGCUUUGAUGAGAAACUGUUGGAAUUUGUGCAGAUUUUGAUCGCUGAAGAGCCCACAGAUGAAUGCAUCAAUAGUGAAGGGACAAUUGUGAAGGCAAAGAAAUGGCUGGAAACUAGGCUGAAACUGCUUCUGAAAGCCUACGAAAAGUUGGGAGAUGAGAAAAAAAAUGAAGAUGAUGGAAUCAAAACGGCAAUUCGACGGUUACAUGAAGGAGAGAAAGCUCUUUUAGAGAGCGCUCUCGCCAAGCUCACUGCA